AGCCCCGCGUGCGCGUGCGGACGCCAGGCUGUGAGUGGUACCCUUUAGGAGGCUGGGCUCAUGGCUUCCUGGAGGAGCCCCAGGCUGCUGCUGGUAUGGAUGAUCUUCACACAUUCUGCUCUCCUGCAGCCUGCAGCAGAGAAGUCGCCUGGAGCCUACUUCCUUCCUGAGUUUGCACUGUCCCCACAGGGAAGUUUCCUUGAAGACACAACAGGGGAGCAGUUCCUCACAUAUCGCUAUGAUGACCAGGCCUCAAGAAACACUCGCUCAGAGGAAGACAGAGAUGGUAACUGGGAUGCAUGGGGCGACUGGAGUGACUGUUCCCGGACCUGCGGGGGAGGUGCUUCCUAUUCUCUGCGGAGAUGCCUGACAGGAAGGUCAGUGGUAGCCCAGCUAGCUGCUAUGAGGGAUUGUCCUCCAGAGGCAGAAGACUUCAGAGCCCAGCAGUGCUCAGCCUACAACGAUGUCCAGUAUCAAGGGCGUUAUUAUGAGUGGCUUCCACAGUACAAUGAUCCCACCGCCCCGUGUGCACUCAAGUGCCAUGCACGAGGGCAGAACUUGGUAGUGGAGCUGGCACCCAAAGUGCUAGAUGGAACUCGCUGCAAUGCCGACUCCCUGGACAUGUGUAUCAGUGGCGUCUGCCAGGCGGUGGGCUGUGACCGGCAGCUGGGCAGCGUCGCCAAGGAGGACAGCUGUGGAGUCUGUGCCGGCGACGGCUCCACCUGCAGGCUUGUCCGGGGACAGUCGAAGUCGCACGUUUCUCCGGAAAAACAAGAAGAAAAUGUGAUUGCCGUUCCUCUGGGAAGUCGAAGUGUGAGAAUCACAGUGAAAGGCCCUGCUCAUCUCUUUAUUGAAUCAAAAACACUUCAAGGAAGCAAAGGAGAACACAGCUUUAACAGCCCUGGAGUCUUUGUUGUGGAAAACACAACAGUUGAAUUUCAGAAGGGCUCAGAGAGGCAGACCUUUAAGAUCUCAGGACCACUGCAGGCUGACUUCAUCUUCAAGACCAGGUACACGGUGGCCAAAGACAGCGUGGUCCAGUUCUUCUUUUACCAGCCCAUCAGUCACCAGUGGAGACAAACUGACUUCUUUCCCUGCACUGUGACAUGUGGAGGAGGUUACCAGCUUAAUUCUGCUGAAUGUAUGGAUAUCCGCUUGAAGAGGGUAGUUCCUGACCAUUAUUGUCACUACUACCCUGAAAAUGUAAAACCUAAGCCCAAACUGAAGGAAUGUGGCAUGGACCCCUGCCCUUCAAGUGAUGGAUUUAAAGAGAUUAUGCCUUAUGAUCACUUCCAACCUCUGCCUCGCUGGGAACAUAACCCGUGGACUGCAUGUUCUGUGUCGUGUGGAGGAGGGAUUCAGAGGCGGAGCUUCGUGUGUGUGGAGGAGUCCAUGCAUGCGGAGAUCCUGCAGGUGGCGGAAUGGAAGUGCAUGUAUGCACCCAAGCCCAAGGUCAUGCAAACUUGCAAUCUCUUCGAUUGUCCCAAGUGGGUCGCCAUGGAGUGGUCUCAGUGCACAGUGACCUGUGGCAGGGGGUUACGGUACCGUGUUGUCCUGUGCAUCAACCACCUGGGGGAGCAUGUCGGGGGCUGCAAUCCACAGCUGAAGCUGCACAUCAAGGAGGAAUGUGUCAUUCCCACCCCCUGUUACAAACCGAAAGAAAAAAGUCCAGUGGAAGCUAAAUUACCUUGGCUGAAACAAGCCCAAGAACUAGAAGAGACCAGAAUAGCAACAGAAGAACCAACGUUCAUUCCUGAGCCCUGGUCAGCCUGCAGCUCCAGCUGUGGCCCGGGUGUGCAGGUGCGUGCCCUGAGGUGCCGUGUGCUCCUGGCCUUCUCGCGCACAGAGGCUGAGCUCCCUGAGGACGAGUGUGAGGGUCCCCGGCCACCCACUGAGCGGCCCUGCCAGCGCCAGGCCUGUCCCAGGAGCCCUGCGUCCAGAGAGCCUGACGGCCAUGCCCCCCAGGAGGACAGCGUGGGGACCUUCACCUGGGAGUAUGCCGGCUUCACCCCAUGCACGGCCACCUGCCUGGGAGGGCAUCAGGAAGCCAUAGCUGUGUGCCUACACAUCCAGACCCAACAGACAGUCAACGACAGCUUGUGCGACGCAAUGCACCGGCCCCCAGCAAUGAGCCAGGCCUGUAACACAGAGCCCUGCCCACCCAGGUGGCACGUGGGAACCUGGGGCCCCUGCUCGGCUUCCUGUGGGGUUGGCAUCCAGACCCGGGAGGUACACUGCCUGCACCCAGAGGAAUCCCCCGCCCCUCCAGAGAAAUGUGGAGAUGGAAAGCCCCAUGCCUUACAGGCAUGCAACCAGUUCGACUGCCCUCCUGCCUGGCACAUUGAAGAGUGGCAGCAGUGUACCAGGACAUGUGGUGGGGGUACUCAGAACCGAAGAGUCACCUGUCGGCAGCUGUUAACAGAUGGCAGCUUUUUGAAUCUCUCUGAUGAACUGUGCCAAGGACCCCGGGCCUCGACUCACAAGUCCUGUGCCAGGAUGGACUGUCCUCCACACUUGGUGGCAGGAGACUGGUCCAAGUGCUCGGUCAGCUGUGGCAUCGGGCUUCAGAGAAGGAAGCAGGUGUGUCAGCGGCUGACAGCCAAAGGCCGGCGCAUCACCCUCAGCGAGGCGAUGUGCAGGGGCCUCCCUGCGCUGCCCCUCAUCAGACCCUGCCAGGCUCCCAUGUGCGGUGAAGUGAAAGUAGAGGCAAAGACAAAAGUUGCUGAGCCAGGGCCUCACAUUCUCAGUGUGCAGAGAGUCUACAUUCAGACCAGGGUGGAGAAGCGGAUCAACCUGACCAUCGGUAGCAGAGCCUACUUGCUGCCCAACACCUCUGUGAUCAUUAAAUGCCCCGUGCGACGCUUCCAGAGAGCUCUGAUUCGGUGGGAGAAGGAUGGUCAGUGUCUGCAGAACUCCAAACGACUCAGUAUCACCAAGUCGGGUUCAUUGAAAAUCCACAACCUUGCAGCCCCUGACAUUGGUGUGUACCGGUGCAUUGCAGGCUCCGCCCAGGACACAGUUGUCCUCAAGCUCAUUGGCACAGACAACCGGCUUAUUGCACAUCCAGCCCUCAGACAGCAUGGGAAGGAGCAGCCCGGGCCUGACCACCCAGAGGCCAGUAGCUUGGGAGCUACUUGGCAUAAAAUGAGGCAGAUGUGGGGCAACAAAAAUGAGCUGCACCUGCCUGAUGGUCAAAUUACUAACCAGUCUUUCUUAAGAGCUUUGUUUGGCCAUUGCAGCAAUCCCGCAGGCAACACCAACUCCUGGGAGUUUAAAAACAAGCAGUUUGAAGCUGCUGUCAAGCAGGGAGCUUACAGUAUGGAAACAGUCCAGUUUGAGGAGCUGAUGAGAAGCAUGAGCCAGCUCAUGGAGGCGGGGGAGGUGAGCGAAGACCUCGCCUCGCAGGUGAUUUAUCAGCUGGUGGUUGAGUUGGCACUGGCAAAGGUGCAGCCCACGCCCGCACAGUGGAGGGGUGUCCAGGAGGAGCCCCCACCCUCCACUCCACUCAGAGGCCAGACAGGGAGUGUACCUCAGAGCACAAGUGUGAAAGGUCCAGGCUGGCUGACAUUUAAGCCCAAAGGACCUGUUCUCAUGAGGCAAAGCCAACCCCCUUCAGUUUCAUUCAAUAAAACAAUCAAUCUAAGGAUUGGAAACACCGUGUACAUUACAAAAAGGACAGAGGUCAUUGACAUCCUCUGUGACCUUGUUACCCCCAGCGAGGUCACAUACACAUGGACCAAGGAUGGAGCACUGUUACAGCCUUCAGUAAAGAUAAGUUUGGAUGGAACUGGAAGGAUACAGAUAAGGAACCCAACAAAGAAAGAACAAGGAAUAUAUGAGUGUUCUGUAGCUAAUCAUCUCGGUUCAGAUGUGGAAAGUUCUUCUGUGCUAUAUGCAGAGGCACCUGUCAUCUUGUCUGUUGAAAGAAAUAUCACCAAACCAGAGCACAACCAUCUGUCUGUCGUGGUGGGAGGCAUUGUGGAGGCAGCCAUUGGAGCAAACGUGACAAUCCGGUGUCCUGUCAAAGGUGUCCCUCAGCCCACUGUAACUUGGAGGAAGAGAGGAAGAUCUCUGAGUGACAAUGUCUCCUUGCUCUUCAAUGGAUCCCUAUUGCUGCAGAAUGCUUCUCUUGAAAAUGAAGGCACCUACAUCUGCACAGGCACCAACGCCCUUGGCAAGGCAGCGGCAGCAUUCACACUGCAUUUGCUUGAACGAAGAUGGCCAGGCAGUAAACGUGCAUUUCCCAAGAAACAUAAAAAGCGUGUUCUCCUGGCAUCCAGCACCAGAACCAGCAGCAGCAGCAGUGCAAGCGGAGAAGCCCUGCCUCGAGAGCCUUUUUGGGAACCUGGUAACUGGACACAUUGUUCUGCCACCUGUGGCCACUUGGGAGUCCGCAUUCAGAGACCCUACUGUGUGACAGCUGCUGGGCAGGAAGUGAGUACAGCUCUCUGUGGUCACCUCCAGAAGCCAAGGGCCGGGUUCCAGCCCUGCAACAUCAGAGACUGCCCUGCAAGGUGGUUCACAAGUGUGUGGUCAGAGUGCUCUGUGUCUUGUGGGGAAGGGUUCCACAGUCGGCAAGUGACAUGCAAACAGACGAAAGCCAGCGGAACUGUGCAGGUGGUGUCACCAAGUGCAUGUGACCCUAGUGACCAGCCUCUGGGAAGAAAACCAUGCUCUGGUCAAGCAUGUGCUCAGUGGGUCACGGAACCAGGCAACCAGUGUCCUGGACACUGCUUGGGCCAUGUGGCGAAGAUACAGCAACAUCACACAGCGUGUGGACCCCGCAACAGCUCUGACUGCAAGGAGAGGAGACCUGCCCUCAAGAGGAACUGCACGUCCAGGGCCUGUGAGGUGUGCUGGCGCACGGGGCCCUGGCGGCCUUGCACAGCAGCCUGUGGCCGUGGCUUCCAGUCUCGGAAGGUAGACUGUGUCCACAUGCAGAGCUGCAAAGCUGUGGCUGACAGUCACUGCACUCCGAGAAAGAAGCCAACUUCCUGGCAGCACUGCCUUGGCCCUUCCUGUGAUAGGGACUGCACAGACACGACUCACUACUGUAUGUUCGUGAAGCAUCUUAACUUGUGUUCCCUGGACCUCCACAAACAAAGGUGCUGCCGCUCGUGCCAAGCGGGGAAACCUUUGGCAGGGUUGUGACGCUGCCCCAACGAGAAAGGAACAACACAGAAGGUCUCAUACCCAUGUCUCUGGUUGAAAAACACAUAUUUCCUGAAGACUGUUGAUUCUGUGAUUAAACCAAGUUGAUGCAAAACACCAUUUUUUCAGAUUUUGUAAAGUGAAAUUUUCCCAUAGCUGGUUUUUUAUUCAACUCUUAUAAAUGAUAUAUUCUGGGAUUAAUGAAAACACCACAGCACAUGAGCCAGCGUACUUGGGACUCUUCCUGUCCACUUGAUAGGGAAGUCAGCAAGAUCAUGAUUGCUUCAUCACAAAAUGGGACUCACAGCCUAGCACGCAGCAGUGUCUCCUGAAGAUUUGGGAAACACAGUGACUGCUGACUCUUCUCUGCAGCUACAGAGUUUCAACAAGUUCAUAAGGCAUUUACAAUUUUAAAGCUUGGGCCAGUAGUUGUUCGGAUGUUGUUGCUCAUGGCAUUUUCAUAGAUCCUUUAAUCUGUGAAAGUAAGAGUCUCUCUGGACAGGUGUAUGACACUGAUGGGUCCAAGGGACAGCAUCUGAUCCUUGCUCUUAGGGCACUCAUGGAAGGAAGCACAGUGGUUGUUGCUGCCACUUUCAUAAAUACCGAAAUCUAUUCAUAACCAAACCAGGCAUCUUGGAAAUCAGAGAAGAGGGACGUUCACCUUUUCUAUUGAUUUUGAAGUCUAUUGAAAGUCUUCUUCUAAGAGCUGUGAAUGAAACUUUUACUAAGCACUAUUCUCUUGCACAAAAUGGUAAUUCAGAUCCUUAUUAGACCUAAUUUAUGUAUGGAGUAGUCUUCCUGAGGAUUUUUAUUUUGGAAAGUUUAUAAGAAAGUAAUCUAAAUAAGAAAUGUGGUAGUUGAAAAAGAGAUGUUUAUAGUAAAUAACUCUUGAUUUGAGCUGAUUCUUCAAUAAAUCCAAAGUAAAUUUGGGUUGGAUAGAGGUGACACCUUGGGGACCAAGAGGUAGAGUUAGGGUUUGAGUUAGACCUUGGGGAAAAUUGGGGAUUAGUUUAAAUUUGAGAUUAGAAAUAAAACUGGGUUAGAUAAGAAAGGAAGUUAAGUUGAGGCGAAGGUUAGAGUUGGCUUUGAGGAUUAGGGUUCAGGUGAAGGCCAGGUUAGGACAGAGCUGGGUGGGUCUUGGGCUGGGGCCAAAGCUGGUGUUGGUCAUGGUGUCAGGGUGGAGGUGAGGUCUGGAGUGAACGUUGCUGCUGGUAUAGGUUCCAGCCAGCACCAAACCAUAAGCUCUAAAGCUGGUUUGGGUGUGAGGACCUUUUCCUGGUAUUCUAUGCAUUGUGGCUUUAGAAGGCCCAACCCCCGAGGAAGUGGUCACUUAUUCAUUCAGUGUCCCGGCUGCCUGUGCCCUGCUGCCUACUGUCUGCUGGCAGCCGUGUCCCUGAAGCAGACUGUACUGGACCUUGUUCCCCGUCACCAAGCACCCUGGCUUUUGAUCUGUCCACCGACUCACUCGUGCGUCUCUCUUGUGCUCUGAGCACCGCGUCUCUUCUGUCCUGACUGCAGCCUCACUGACACUGGGAUGAGCACUACUGUAUGUGGAGGGUUUGGUGACAGAGAACGGAUGUGGGAGUGGGGAGGACACCCCAGCCCAUGACUUGUUGAUUGCCAAUCACAUUUGAUUGUGAAUGGUUAUUAAAUUAAGAGAAAGAUCAUUUGUAAAAUACUCUUUGUAUAUAUUUAUUAUAUGACUUAAA